AUGAGAACGGGUGGACUGAUAGUUUUUCUGGUUGUUGUGCUAGUUCUUUCCUUAGUAGAGUCUCGCAUGAAGUCGCAAUCUCGAGCCUGGGGGUCGCGAGGAUUCAAGCGCUCAAAGAAGGCAGAGAGACGGGCCAAACAAAUGAUGAAGUAUCUGAUGGAUGCACAAAAGAAGGAGGGUAUAUUGCUUGCGUCGUAUGUUGGGGAUAGCUAUCUGGGAAUCUCUGGCAACAAGUUAGUUGCGGUGCAGGACAAGAACGCAGCAGUCCUCUUUGAUGUUGAGCCUAAGUCUGAUAAGGUUGAUAAGAAUGCACUGGACGUGGAGGUUCAGUUAACGCCCUGGAUUAAUGGAAGCAAGAAUGUAAUCACGUACAAUGCAGUAGGAGAGGACAUAAACAUUGAGAUUCCAAUUGAGAAUAAUCUGCCAACGAAGUCCGAUUCCACUAUUUUCACUAAGGUGAUUAGCACUACUGCUGACCAUCCAGUGUAUGAAAUCAAGUCCGGCCAACGGAAAAUGUGCAUCACACUGGAGCCAAGCACCAAGGAGUAUGGGUUAAAGAUGUGCAGUAACGGAUCAAACGAUCUUCAAACGUUCCGAUUUUUAACAUACACGGAGGCUGAAGCCAUUGAGUCACGGCGAAAAGGACACCACGCCUUUGACCUGAAGUCUUUCUUGGGCGACUCUAAGGUUCCGUCUGGUGUUAUUACAGUGGCUGAUGUCAAUGGAGUUCUUUAUAAAAGCGAUUCCUAA